AUGAAUUUUAAUACUGGAUCGACAUAUGGUUAUCAAUACCAAUCAUCAUCCUACAAACAUGUUAGUUCAUUUAGUAAAGCCGAAAAAACUACACAUACAAAUUCCAAUAGUAAUCGAUUUUUAGAUGGACAACGCAGUCAGUCUUCUCAAUGUCUACCACAUAAUGGUCCUUCUUUCUCUUCAGGCUCCAUUAUGCAUAGUGUUCCUAUGCAACCUCCAAAUUUUCCUCAACUUGGUUCUGAUAAUUGUCUAGAUGAUUUGGAAAGAUCUACAAAUACAGACUUAAAUGGUGAUGGAUUUAUUGGUGGACAACGUAGUCAACCUCCUCAACAUCUGUCACAUAAUGGUUCUUCUUUUCGUUCAGGUUUCAAUGCAUAUAUUGCACCUAUGCAACCUCCAAGUUUUAUUCAAGUUGGUUCUAAUGAUUUAAUAAAUGAUUUGGAAAGAUCUACAAGUACAGAUAUAGACGGUGAUGGGCUGAUUGGUGGACAAUUCAUGCAACAAUCACAUUUUCAGCCUUCUCCUAGUAGAGGUCAAAUCAAUCAAAUGGAAAAGAGAACUCAUAUUGAUUGCCAUGGCGAUAGACCGUCUCCACAAAUUCCAAAUUACCAACAAUAUAAUAAUCCCAUUGAACCUCCGGUUAUGAAUUAUUCUGGUGGUGAAGAUUUUGUCAAUCAAGUGGAAAACAGAACUCAUAUUGAUUUUAAUAGUGGUAGAUCACCUUCACAGAUUCCAAAUUAUCAACCAUAUAAUAAUCUCAUUGAAACUCCAGUUAUUAAUUAUUCGGCUGGUGAAGGUAUCAUGAAUGAAAUAGAAAAGAGUACUCAUAUUGAUUUCAAUGGUGAUGGGCGGAUUGGUACAUCAUCUUCACAUAUUCCAAAUUCUCAAUCAUAUAAUGAUUCCAGUCGUCAUCCACAUUGUCAUCGUUCUGGUGGUGAAGGCGUUAUGAAUAAAAUAGAAAAGGGUACUCAUAGUAAUUUUAAUAGUGAUAGAUGUAUUGGAGGAUCAUCUGCACAUUUUUCAAGUUAUCAAUCUUAUAAUGGUUUUAACAAUUCUCCACAUUAUCAUCAACCUAGCAAUGAUGGUCUCAUUAAUGAAUUGGAGAAAAUUACACAUAUUGAUUUGAAUCGUGAUGGACAUAUUGGUGAAUAA